GACGUACCUAUAAUAAUUUAUUUAACAUCAAAUGAUAGUUUAAUUCUAACACAUUUGUUAUUUUCACCAGAUUCUUAUUCUUAGUCCUCUUUUAUUGAAUUUAUUUUUAUGUAUUAAUAUUUUUUAAAACAUUUAAUUAAUGUAAAUAUCUAAAAUGAUAGUUUUUCGCUUAAAAAUUCGUGGAAGAAUGAAUAUUAACUAGCAGAAUCCGAUAAUGUUCAACACAUUCUCUUCAUUUUUAAGAAAUAACUUCUUCAACCACUUUUCUAAACUUAAAGGAAAUGCUAACUUUUCAACAAAUGUUAUUACACCACCUUGUUUCGGAACACAUUCUCAUUUCAAUAUUCCCACCUUCCUAAAGUUUCAAAAUCCUUUUUAUUAUGAUAAGAGGAGCAUAGUCAUUAAUAAACCUAGACGCCAAAUAGGCCACAAAUUUGAGUUUAUAGUAGGCAAACAUAAAAGAGCCAAGGUGAACCCUCCUAGGGUUCCAAUUCACCCUAAUAAAGAUGUUGAUAAGGACAUGAACCUUUUUGAAACAUACAGAGACUUAAACUUGAGAUGGAAACGGACAACAAGGUCCAGGAAAAACAGGCUAAGAAUAGCAAGGAAAUGGAGGCAGCCUUACUACUUUAACCCAACCAAUCAGCCAACUUGUAUGUUUGUUCUCCACGACAACUUGCCGAGAACGAGAACUGAUAAGCCUCCAGAAAGAAACGACGAUAAGGAGUAUGUCCCUGGGAAAAUUGAACUUGACGAAUCGCAUAACUUUCACGUUUACCCACCAGACGCAGUGGUUCAGGAUAUCAAAAACCUUAAAACUGAGACUUUCUGUAUUUUCAAGUCUAGCCCUAUUCACCAACACAAGGUUACAAAAGGCGACGUGGUCCAAAUUGAACGACUAAAGCGAAAGAAUGCAGGGGACAAGGUAACAUUUGGAACUGUACUAUUAGUUGGCUCCAAGUACUGGACUAUAAUUGGAAAACCAACGGUACCAUAUGCAAAAGUAGAGGCAACAAUUGAACAGCAGACUCUUUGCGGAGAACAAUUGAGUUUCAGAUACAGGAAAUCUAGGAGAAUUUCAAGAUUUUUAAGGGUUCGUCAUUGGGUAACUGUUUUGAGGAUUGAUCAUAUCGUCGUGGACCCAUCAAUUGAGAUCAACACUGAACAUAAACCAUCAAGGUUACUUGACCUAUGGUCUAACAGAUGGCUAUACACUGAAGAACUGGAAGAUAUUGAGAAGACCAAAAGUGAUUCAGAACAAAUUUAUGACGGUCUUGAGCAUGAAACUGGUUACUAUAACAAGCUUGGAUUAACUGAAUCGUACAGGUGGUAUCCUGACCCUUACGCCAAGUAUAAAUGGAAAUAAGUUUAAUACAUUAAUUUGCUAUGUUA